CGGCUCUCCUAUCCUCCGGCUUUCAUCCUCCAAUUCCUCUCGAUUUAGAACCUGCAACUCUCUGCUCGUAUAGACCUUUGGCUGUUGAAAUGGCAUCAACAGCUGGAGCCACAGGGUGGUUGAGGGGAAGAGUGAAAGCUGUUCCAUCUGGUGACUGUGUGGUAAUAAUGGGGAAUACCAAGGCUGAAAUACCCCCGGAAAAGACCAUAACUUUGUCGUCCUUGAUUGCACCAAGAUUGGCACGCCGCGGUGGUUUGGAUGAGCCAUUUGCAUGGGCCAGCAGGGAGUUUUUGAGGAAUCUUUGCAUUGGAAAGGAGGUCACUUUCAAAGUUGAUUACACUGUGCCUUCUAUAGGGCGAGAUUUUGGCUCUGUUUUCCUUGGCGAUAAGAAUGUUUCCUUGUUAGUUGUUGCUGAAGGCUGGGCAAAGGUUAGAGAUCAGGGACAGCAAAAGGGAGAAGCUAGCCCCAUUUUACAAGAACUACUACGCCUUGAAGAACAGGCCAAACAACAAGGCCUAGGUCGCUGGACUAGGGAGCCUGGUGCUUCUGAAGCAUCCAUCAGGAAUUUACCUCCCUCUGCCAUUGGUAACUCUAGUAACUUUGACUCAACGGGUUUCUUGGCUGCAAACAAAGGGAAGACGUUGAAAGCUAUUGUUGAGCAGAUACGCGAUGGAAGCACACUCCGUGUGUAUUUACUUCCAGACUUCCAGUUUGUCCAAGUUUAUGCAGCUGGAGUUCAGGCUCCUUCCAUGGGAAGAAGGGCACCAGCUGACACUUCUAUUGAAACUGAGACCACCCCAAGUGAAGCAAAUGGAGAUUCAUCUGCUGAGCCCCGUGGACCCCUAACAUCAGCUCAGCGACUUGCUGCUUCGGCGACUCCCAUGAAUGAAGUAGCACCUGAUUUGUAUGGUAGAGAAGCCAAGCAUUUUACGGAACUUCGCGUAUUAAACAGAGAUAUACGGAUUGUUCUAGAGGGCGCUGAUAAAUUUAACCUAAUUGGUUCAAUUCACUAUUAUGAUGGUGGAUCACUAAAAGACCUUGGCUUGGAGCUGGUGCAAAAUGGUUUUGCCAAAUAUGUUGAAUGGAGUUCAAGCGGUUUAGAAGAAGAUGCUAAGAGGCAGUUGAAAAAUGCAGAACUUGAAGCAAAGAAAAGUCGCUUACGAAUUUGGACAAAUUACACACCUCCACCUUCAAAUUCAAAGGCUAUUCAUGACCAGAAUUUCACAGGAAAGGUGGUUGAGGUUGUAAGUGGAGAUUGCAUUGUUGUAGCCGAUGAUUCAUUGCCAUUUGGAGAUCCAUCUGCCGAGAGAAGAGUUAAUCUCUCAAGUAUUCGGGCUCCCAAGAUUGGGAACCCUCGUAGGGAUGAAAAACCUCUGCCUUAUGCAAGGGAAGCAAAGGAAUUUUUGAGAACACGCUUGAUUGGGAAACAUGUAUAUGUUUCAAUGGAGUACUCCAGAAAGGUCAGCCUGGGAGAUGGUAAUGCGACUGCUGCUAGUGGUACAGAUUCAAGGGUCAUGGAUUUUGGCUCUGUCUUCUUAGUGUCUAAGGAUGGAGACGAUACUCUACCUGCUCCAUCUGCAGCUAAUCAGCAGAUGGGGUUGAAUGUAGCUGAGCUUUUGGUGGGCCGUGGCUUGGCACAGGUUAUCAAGCAUCGUGAUUUUGAAGAAAGAUCAAACUUUUACGAUUCUCUUCUCUCUGCUGAAGUGCGUGCUGCUGCUGGAAAGAAGGGCUUGCACUCUCCUAAGCAACCUCCAGCCGUUCACAUAACAGACUUGACAACUGCUUCUGUAAAGAAAGCCCGGGAUUUCCUUCCUUUCCUGCAAAGGAACAGAAGGAUGUCUGCUGUUGUGGAAUAUGUUCUUAGUGGUCAUCGAUUUAAAUUGUUCAUUCCAAAGGAAACAUGCAGCAUCGCAUUAUCCUUAUCGGGUGUUAGAUGUCCCGGCCGGGGAGAACCAUAUUCGGAUGAUGCCAUUGCCCUUAUGAGGCGUAAGAUAAUGCAGAGGGAUGUUGAGGUAGAAAUAGAAAAUGUUGAUAGAACUGGAACAUUCUUGGGCACGUUAUGGGAGUCAAGAACAAACUGUGCAGUGGCACUUCUCGAAGCCGGUUUGGCCAGGCUAUCUACGUUUGGUUCUAUCCCAGAUGCCCACCUUCUUGCUAAGGCCGAGCAGUCUGCUAAAAAACAGAAACUGAAGAUAUGGGCAAACUACGUAGAGGGAGAGGAUGUUCCCAGUGGUCCUGCUGCUGAGAGAAGGCAAAAAGAAGAGUUGAAGGUAAUUGUUACGGAAGUUCUGGAAGGUGGUAAAUUCUAUGUUCAAUCCGUUGCUGAUCAGAAAGUGGCAUCUAUUCAGAAGCAGCUUGCUUGUUUAAACCUUCAAGAGGCACCUGUAAUUGGCGCUUUCAAUCCUAAGAGGGGUGAUAUUGUGCUUGCACAAUUUAGUGCCGAUAAUUCAUGGAACCGUGCAAUGAUUGUGAAUGGCCCUAGAGGUGCUGUGGAGUCGCCAGCAGACGAGUUCGAAGUGUUCUACAUAGACUAUGGAAAUCAAGAAGCUGUUCCGUACAGUAAGAUGCGCCCUAUUGAUGGAUCAGUGUCUUCUACUCCAGGUGCUGCUCAGCUUUGCAGCCUUGCCUUUCUCAAGGUACCUGGGUUGGAGGACGAUUAUGGCCAAGAGGCUGCUUUUCGUCUCAGCGAGCUUCUCCUAAGUUCCUCCAAAGAAUUUAAGGCCGUGAUUGAGGAGAAGGACACUUCAGGAGGAAAAUCUAAGGGACAAGGGACCGGAGCAGUCUUUAUGGUUACCCUAGUCGAGUCAGAAGCAGAUGCCACCAGCAUCAACUCUAUUAUGCUCAAGGAGGGGCUUGCAAGGAUGGAGAAACGAAGGAUUCCAAAACAUAUCCUCGAGGAGCUGGAAAAAUCCCAAAAUGAGGCACGACAGAAGAGGCUUGGGAUGUGGGAGUAUGGAGACGUCGAGUCUGACGACGAGGAUUCUGCCCCGUCGUUCCGGAGAGCCGCCGGAAAACGCUGAGCCACAAAGGUUUUUCCUUGCCUACGUUUUUUCUCGUCUAUGAGAUGCCUUAUACCAAGACUAGAAAGAGCAAGUAGCUUUUUAACAAAAAAAGAGGUUUUUGUUUUAUGUGUAAUUUAUAUAGCGACUUUGGUGUGUUGAGAGAAAUUUUGUUUUUUUUUUACCUUUCAUUUUUUAUUAUUUAACUCAUAGAACUUCAAAAUAAAAAGUACUACGGAGAUGGCAGAAAUACUGAACUUAAU